AUGGAAAUUUCAUUCUGUCCUUAUAGGACUCAGUUCAGCCCUUCUAAAGUGCUCUACACUGCAGUAAGCCAGCCGAUCACCUUCAAGAGCAACGCCGACGAUCUUGAGCUUUUGGAAGCUGCGAGAGAGAAGGAAGAACGAGAGCUCGAGCAGGAAAGACAAGAACAACAACAAGGAGACCCUCCAGAACCUCACGAGGAGGAACAACACGCCCCCCCAGAAGCCGCAGAAGAGACAAUCCUAGUCAAACCUGAAGACAUCAUCGAGGAACCCUCAAGCCAACCAACUGAGGACCAACAGCCACCAUCAUCACCCGACCCGAAACCGUCAAACUCGGCCAUCUCAUCACAUUCCCACAAGGGAAACAGCAACGCCAAGAAGAAGAAGGAGAAGACCGUCUCCUGGUUCGGCGCUCCGAUGGCGAAUAAGAAGAGUAAGAAGAAGGCGGCGGCUGCGAAGAAGCAGAAGUUGUUGUUGGGUGAUGCUUCGGAUAAUGAAGGCGCGCCGACUGCUACUGCUCUGGAAGAUGGCGUUGAGGAGAGUGGUGGAGCAACGGAGGAGGCAGCUGGUGAUCCUCCAGCUGAUGAAGCUCCCGCUAAGGCAGCCGCUCCUGUCGAGGAAGCAGCACCACCAGCAGAAGACCCAGCUCCUGUCGAAGCAGCCGCUCCUGUUGAAGAGGCACCAGCAGCAGAAGAACCAGCUCCAGCCGAAGCAACCCCUGCCGAAGAAGCAUCUACCCCCGCCGAAGAAGCCACACCAGAGCCCGCCCCCGACCCCGCUCCCACCUCGGAGUCCGCACCCGUAAGUGACGACGCCAACCCGACCGAAGACGCACCGCCCGCACCAGCCGACGAGACGCCCUCGGGAGAAAAUGCUGACGAUAACCAACCCGCUCCCGCAGCAGCAGAAGAUGAGAAGCCCGCUGAGGGACAAGAAGAACCCGCGAAGAGCGAUGAGCCUGUCGCUGGCGAUGAGAAGGAGGAGGCAGCUCCCGCUGAUGACGAGGGCGGGGUUGUUCCUGCUGAAUCAGUAGCGGUUGAGGCUGAGGCUGAUAAGCCUAAUGAGGCUGCCGUUGAAGAAGCAGCUCCGGCCGAGGAAGCACCUGCCGCAGAGGCACCUGCUGAAGAGGCCGCCCCAGUCGAAGAGGCCACCCCAGCCGAAGAAACGCCAGCUGAGGAAGCACCAGCUGCAGAAGCUCCUGCUGAAGAAAAGCCAGCUGAAGCAGAAGCGCCUGCCGGUGAAGAAACGCCCGCCGACGAAGCACCAGCUGCAGCGGCUCCCGCCGAAGAAAAGCCAGCUGAAGCAGAAGCGCCUGCCACUAAAGAGGCACCCGCCGAAGAAAAACCGGCUGAGGAAGCACCAGCUGAAGAAGACACCACCACCGAAGAAGCACCUGCUGAAGCAGAAGCAGCGCCAGCCGACGAAACACCAGCCGAAGCUGAAGCCCCUGCCGCUGAACAAACCCCAGUCGAACCAGCGCCCGUCGAAGAAACACCAGCUGCAGAAACGCCCGCCGAAGUAGAAGAUCCCGUCGAAGAGCCCAAAGCUGAAGAAGCAGCGCCCGCUGAAGAUGCACCCGCGGUAGAAGUACCAGCCAAGGAAGCACCUGCUAAAGAAGCGCCAAAGGACGAGGCACCAGCUGAAGCAGCACCAGCCGAGGAAGCACCUGCUGAAGAAGCGCCAAAGGACGAGGCACCAGCUGAAGAUGCACCAGCUGAAGAGGCAGCCGCGGAAGUAGAAGCUCCUGCGGAAGAAGCUGCAGCGCCUACCGAAGAGGCUCCUGCUGAUGAGCCCGCGACUAAAGAGGCUUCACCGGCUGAGGAGGCUGUAGUUGAAGAAGCAGCACCUGCUGAAGAAGCUCCUGCUGCAGAGGAAGCGCCAGCCGAAAAAGAGGCUCCUGCUGAGGAAGCCGCACCAGCUGAGGAAGCACCCCCCGAGGCGUCUCCUGCUGAGGAAGUUGCACCAGUCGAAGAGGCAGCCGUUGGCGAGAAAGAGGCGCUGGCUGAAGAAGCUCCUGCUGCAGAGGCACCCGCUGAAGAGGCUGCUCCAGUCGAAGCGGCCGCUCCGGCAGAGGAAGCUGCUACAGCCGAAGAAGCACCUGCCGAAAAAACCGCUGAAGUCGAGGAAGCCGCCCCAGUCGAAAAGGCAGCACCGACUGAGGAAGCUGCACCAGUUGAAGAAGCACCUGUUGCAGAGGCACCCGCUGAAGAGGCUGCUCCAGUCGAAGCGGCCGCUCCGGCAGAGGAAGCUGCUCCAGUCGAAGCGGCCGCUCCGGCAGAGGAAGCUGCUCCAGCUGAAGAAGAACCUGCCGAAGAGACCGCUGCAGUUGAGGAAGCUGCCCCAGUCGAAAAGGCAGCACCGACUGAGGAAGCUGCACCAGUUGAAGAAGCACCUGCUGCAGAUGCACCCGCUGAAGAAGCCGCUCCAGCCAAAGAGGAAUCUGCGCAAGCUGCACCAGCAGAGGAAGCUGCACCGGCCGAAGAAGCUGCACCAACUGCGGAAGCAGCGCCAGUCGAAGAGGCGGUGCCAGCCGAGGAGCCGGCGCUAGCUGAGGAAGCCGCCCCGGCAGAAGAAGCACCAGCUGAAGAGGCAGCACCAGCUGAAGAGGCAGCACCAGCUGAAGAGGCAGCACCAGCUGAAGAGGCAGCACCAGCUGAAGAGGCAGCACCAGUCGAAAAAGAAGCACCUGUAGAGGAGGCCGCCCCAGCUGAAGAAGCUGCUCCCGUCGAUGAAGCAGCUCCCGCCGAGGAAGCACCCCCCGCAGAGGCGGCCCCUGAAGAGGCGGCACCAGCUGAGGAGGUUGCCCCAGCUGAAGAACCUGCCCCAGCUGAGGAAGCUGCUGUUGUUGAAAAGGCUGCGCCCGCCGAGGAAGCACCUCCUGCUGAAGAAGCCGCUCCCGCUGAGGAGGCUGCUGUUGUUGAGGAGGCAGCUCCCGCUGAGGAAGCUCCUCCAGCCGAAGAACCAGCUCCAGCAGAAGAACCAGCCCCCGAAGCGAUAACAGACCGCGCCAUCGUCGAAGAGCCAGAGUCCACCGAACCAGCCGGCGACGCCAUCCCACCCCCCUCCUCCUCCAAGCGCCGCUCCAUGCACCCCUCCUCCCACUCCUCCCGCCACCACCACUCCCGUUCCUCGCGCGACAAAGACCGCUCCCUCCCCCCUUUCUCCCCCGAAGCCCCCCCCCGCAAGCGCCGCGAGAGCGACGCGAGCAUAACCCAGUUCUGGAAAGGGCUUCAGCCUAAACUACCCAAGCGCCAUGAUUCAGGGAUGAGUAUGGGGAAUUGGGGGAAGGAGAAGGAGAGGGAUCGAGAACGGGAUCGAGAAGUGAAGAGGGAGCGUACGCCGGAGGAACAGGCUGCGCAUGAUGCGAGGAAGGCGGAACGACGCGCCAAACGCGCAGCUGAGCGCGAAGCUGCUGAGGCGGAAGAGAGGGCGCAAAGAGAGGCGGAGGAGGCGGCGGCGCUGAAAGAGGCGGAGGAAGUGGCGAGGGUGGAGAAGGAGAAGCGACGGGAGCGGCGCCGUUUGAGGGAGGAGAAGCGGAGGGCGGAGGAGGAGAAACUGCGCGUGAAGGAGGAGAAGAGGAAGGCUGAUGAGGAGGCUGCAAGGGCGAGUCACAGGGAGAGGAGGAGACGGCAUAGUACUACCAACCGGGGCGAUGGAAAGAGCCGUGGCGUCGACGCAGCUGAGAAGCCGAAUCUGAUUAGCCUCAAGGGAGAAAGUGAGAUUGGGCGUGAGAGGAAGGCGGAGAGCGAGAUGGAUCGCGAGAUUAAGGGCGAGAGCGAGCUAGUGGGGGGAAGGAAGAAGGACGCCGCCUCUCCCGCUGACAGGCCGAAGAGCUCGCAUCAUGGGAGCGACCGAUCGCGCAAGGUGCGGACGCCAGAAGAGCAGGAGGCGCAUGAUAAGCGGAAGGCGGAGAGGCGGGCGGAGCGCAGGGCGAGGGAGGAGAAGGAGGGGCGUGGUGGGAAGCCGGGGCCGGAUGAUGUGGCGAGGGAGGAGGAGAGGAGGAAGAGGCAUGAGGGCCAUAGGGAAGAGAGGCGGAAGAGGAGGGCGUCUACGCUGGAUCAGGAUGCGAAGGAGAAGAUGCGCCAGGGGCCGAUUAAAGGUUUGUUUAGGCGCUUGAUUGGAGCUUAAGGGCUGGGUUCAAGGGGCGGAUAAACAACGGUUCAGACCAACUUGGGAUUUUAUGCGAUUAUUUUGUUUUACGAUAUUGUUGAUGGCUGUUUUUUUGGUUCUCUCUCUUUUUCGAAAUGGCAACGCUCUUUUUUUGGUUUCUUGAUACUCGGGACAUGGAUGGGACUGGACGACACGCGAGGAGGGAGAGGCUGUAAUGGGGUGUGCAUUUUGAAGUUCGCUCGCUUCUUCUGGUGUAUAAACAUUCGUGUAUGGCAUAGUGUUUUGGUCUGAUACCGUGUUACGAUUAUACGAUGUUACGAUAGUUGGUCUCGUUGGGGAUGGGCUCUAUCCUGGGAUACAGCUUGUUAUCAUUUGCAGUUUUCUAUAAAAUAUGAAUGGGUUCUCGAAUAGUAAGUCUUACUCGAUGCAAAAAGUGUGAAAAUGUUGUCUGGUGUUAUAAAUGGCGGGCAAAGUGGUGUUACCCGGGUCGAUAUCGGGUCAUAUCCGUACCCAAUGCAUCAAAUCAAUACACAUUUGGUGCCACUUGUCACCGCAUCAUCUAUUGCAUGUUCACAAGAGACUAUUUAGACAUUGUCAUGCUUGUUUCACCAGCGAGGGGUAGGUCGACGGAUAGACG